AUGGGAGAAUUGUCUCUAACUUCAGAAGUUGUAUCUACCACUGCAAGCACAACAGAACACACAUCAGGAGAACCUUCAGAAGCACCAAUCCAGACGACUCAAGUAUCACCAAGUUCCACCCACAGAGAUGACACCUUUGCUUCAUUUUCAACAACUGGAUUCAGCUCAAAUUCAGUGUCCCCACAAGCAACUGGAAGUGACACAGAGUCAACUCAAGAAACAAGAAGCCCAGUAGAAACAAUUGUGACAAUCUCUACAACAGAAGAAUCCACAAAGACCAUUGCAUUCUCCUCAACAGAACAAUCACUUUCAUCAGCAUCCGCUCUGAUAACAUUAAAAACCUCAAUACCUGUGACAUCCCUUAGUUCUGAAUCAGAUGUAUCUACCACUGCACGCACAACAGAAUACACAACAGGAGAACUGUCAGCAGCACCAGUCCAGACGACUCAGGUAUCACCAAGUUCCACCCAUAGAGAUGACACCUUUGCUUCAUUUUCAACACCUGGAUUCAGCUCAAAUUCGGUGUCCCCACAAGCAACUGGAAAAGACACAGAGUCAACUCAAGCAACAAGAAGCCCAAUAGAAACAAUUGUGACAAUCUCUACAACAGAAGAAUCCACACACACCUUUGCAUUCUCCUCAACAGAACAAUCACUUUCAUCACCAUCCACCCUUUCAACAUCAAAGACUUCAACACCGCUUACAUCACUUAGUUCUGAAUCAGAUGUAUCUACCCCUGCAAGCACAACAGAACACACAUCAGGAGAACCUUCAGAAGCACCAAUCCAGACAACUCAGGUAUCACCAAGUUCCACCCACAUAGAUGACACCUUUGCUUCAUUUUCAACAACUGGAUUCAGCUCAAAUUCAGUGUCCCCACAAGCAACUGGAAGUGACACAGAGUCAACUCAAGCAACAAGAAGCCCAAUAGAAACAAUUGUGACAAUCUCUACAACAGAAGAAUCCACACAGACCGUUGCAUUCUCCUCAACAGAACAAUCACUUUCAUCACCAUCCACCCUUUCAACAUCAAAGACUUCAACACCUCUUACAUCACUUAGUUCUGAAUCAGAUGUAUCUACCCCUGCAAGCACAACAGAAUACACAUCAGGAGAACUGUCAGCACCAGCAGCCCAGACAACUCAGGUAUCAGCAAGUUCCACUCAAACAGAUGACACCUUUGCUUCAUUUUCAACACCUGGAUUCAGCUCAAAUUCUGUGUCCCCACAAGCAACUGGAAGUGACACAGAAUCAACUCAAUCAAAAGGAAGCCCAAUAGAAACAAUGGUGACAACCUCUACAAAAGAAGAAUCCACACAGACUGUUGCAUUCUCCUCAACAGAACAAUCACUUUCAUCACCAUCCACCCUUUCAACAUCAAAAACAUCAACACCCUCUUAUAACACUUAG